AUGGCGGCGCUGGAGAAUUCUGUGCAGCAGCUGCUAAACAGCGCAGGACCCGACGUUGCUGGGCUGUCUGAGUCGUUGAAGACCGUCAUGGAGCAGGAAAUGAAACCAACGAUGCGCACUGCCAUGGUGGAUCUGCAAAAGGAGCUCGACGCACAUUACAGCUCCGGAUACACUAGGUGUGACGAGGCUUUGGCGAAAGACAAGGGCCCGGACGGAAAGCUGGCCGGCAAGACCAGUGUUUUCAAGAAGGCGCAAACUCAGCAUCAGACCUGCCGCAAGGAGGAAUCGGACGCGCGCACUGCCCACUCCACCUGCUCCGCCACUGAGAGCCAGCUUGGUGCCGAGAAGGAGACUGCGUGCCAGGUGGUCCGGGAGUUCAACAAAGCGAACAGCUCGGAUUGCGCCAAGCAAGAGGGCGAAUCGGAGGAAGCGUACACUCGCAGGCUCCGUGAGUACUACGAGGCACGGAACCUGGAAGUGAGGGAAGCCGAGGAGAAGUGCGACAGGGCCACCGUUUCUUUGGAGAACAAGGUUGCGGAGUGCAGCGGUUUGAAGGACACCUGGUCAGGCAUCCGCGAAGCUUGUGGCCGCGAGCAGGACACCAUGGACGAAGCUUCCUGCGACAUCCAAGAAGAUGAGACCAGCGUCUGUCAGGAGUACUCCCGAUGCUAUGAGCAGGCCACGGCUGCCUACAACCAGGACUUGGAGGCGGUGAAGCAGCAACAGGCAGACCUUGCAGACGAGUGGGCGGCGCUGCUGCGCAUGCAGUGCCUGCUCCAAGUCUUUGCUAAGGAUGCGGACAAGCAGGCGGCGCUGGCGACGUGCAAGGGCCAGGACCAUGCCAGCGAGGUGGCCAGCGCGACGAGUUUGAGGUUCCCGUCCCCUGUGCCCAAGACCGCCCAACUCUGCAGCACCAUCGGCGGAGCUGCAGCCAACUCUCAUUACAUCGUGCAGCAUUAUGGCAGCCUGCCCAAGAACGCCCAGGCCAAGACCUGCUCGGCCUCCUGUUGCACCAAGUGCAGCGAGUUCCUGUGUCCCCACGGCUUCGUGAACAUCGACCUGGCCGAGCAAAAGAUCGGAAGCCUAGCGGAGUCCUGCUGCGUGGAAGGGAGCCUCUUCUCCAACAGCAAGCUGGUCAGUGAGAAGCAUCAGGGCUUGCUGCGGGACUGGGUGCAAAGCUCAAAGCGCUGGACGCUCUGCUACCAGAGGUCUACGCAUGGUGGUGAUAGCCCAGCAGCUUUCCACGCCGGCUGCGACAACAAAGGCCGGACGAUCACCGUCAUGAAGUUGAGCACGGGCAAGGUGGUUGGUGGAUACAACGCCAACAGCUGGAGCAGCCCGGUCCUCGGCCCCGAGAACAUACGGCUGUGGAACUCGUACUACUCGCCGAACCUUGAGCGCACUGGCUUCCUGUUCUCGCUGACCACGGAGUUUAAGCACAAGCAGAACGACCGGCGCUUCUUGCACUACAACAAGUAUGCAACUUGGAAUGGGGACACUAUGGGACCCAACUUCGGCCUCUACCAUCGUGGGGACCUCCAGGCCUUCUCCUGGGAGGCUGGCAAGACGGGCUAUGGGCACCGCCGCAACAAAUGCGACAUCGGCUACACCUACAUCACCCGGCUCGGCCAGACCACCGAGAACAUCGCGCGGCAGGAUUUCUGCGGCAGUUUCGACAACUUCGGCAUCGAGGAGAUGGAGGUCUUCUACCAGGCCUGA